CCGGUUGCAUACCACUCUCACACAGCACUGGGCGGCAGCUGAUUCGUGGUUGGGAUAAUUGGAAAAAAAUCAAUAAAGAGGAGCUUUUAAAACCAGAUGCUCGAACUUCCACUCGACUGACUAACUCUGGCAACGGGGGCAUCAUGAACGGGAAUGUGACAGUCACGAGUCUCACCCUCCUCAUGGGGACAGAAGUGCCAACUAAGGACAGUUAUACCAUCUUGGGGGGAAAUGUAUCGGACAACGAUACACGCCCAUCUCCUGUCCCCAGUAGUCCUGAGUAUCUCCUGGCUUGGGUGACUGUGGCUAAUGUGCUGGUUUUCAUUACGGGUGUGUUCGGGAAUACUCUGGUUAUCAUCGUCGUGUCCAGGGUGCGAGAGAUGAAGACAGCCACCAACUUCUGUCUUAUGAACCUCAGUAUUGCAGACCUGCUAGUUCUGUUGAUCUGCCAACCUGCCGCAUUGCUGGAGUUUUUCUGCUAUGAGAAGUGGAUGCUGGGUGACUUCAUGUGCAGACUUGUGAGCUUCCUGGAAAACUUCGUGACUCAUGCCUCCAUCAUGAUUAUUCUGGCUGUCAGCCUCGGACGAUUUUUCGCAGUUGCUCACCCACUCCGAACUUACUCAUCUGGAAGCAAGUCCAAGGCUAUGCUCAUCAUGGUGGUCAUCUGGAUCCUGGUCCUUGCCGUCACGUCACCCUUCCUCGUCAUGGCGCACACAACUGAAGAAUACCAUUUCAUCUACAAAGAGCACGUCUCGAUAUGCAUCACUCCUAUCAACGAGAACUGGAAGACUGUGUACAUGGUCAUCAUAUUUUGUUGUUUCUUUGUCGUGCCCAUGGCUCUGCUCGUAUUCCUGUACACGUUCAUUAUCUACAAGGUUGUCAAGGAUACCGUGAUGAGCGGCGAUGUCAAGGACAGCGCUAAGGUUCAGUCCAACAGCUCCAGGAAACAACUUGUAAGCAUGCUGAUUGGAAUCAUCGUUCUCUUCUUCGCGUGUUUGCUUCCGUUUCGUAUUGUAGCUCUCUGGCAGAUCUUCACCCCGCUUGAAAAGGUACGAAGCAUGGGAGUGGAACAGUAUCAAAACCUUAUGGCAUUCGUUCGUCUUCUCAUCUACGUCAACAGUGCUGGUAACCCAAUCAUAUACAACAUCUAUUCACAGAAGUUCCGGAAUUCGUUCAGAAAAGCCCUUGUAUGCGGUUCAAAAAACGAUCUGAGCAAUGCCAUGAGGCGAACAACAGUGACGAACUAUAGCUACGUGAAAAGUGAUGUGAGCCAAGUCGACUAUGUGUGAAACUAGCGAACUAUACUUGGUUGGCGAGUUCCUGGGACAUCGCAAUCACGAUAGGAUGUGAACGAGAUCACACUGUCUAAAUAUUACUGUAAUUUUAAAAUACCUAAAUCCAUUGGUUACAUACAAUAGCUGACGUCAUAUGAGUAUUUAUUACGCUUUGCAGGGAGGGGGAAUACAUUUUUCUUCUCGUUUUCGGUGGAGUCAUAUGAACGUUUUGGGGCCAAAUGAACUGUUUCGUAAGCCUGUCACGAUUCGUACUCGAUCAGCUGACACAGAUCUCCAGAAGGGUAAACGGAUUAUUUGAAAUAUUAAUGACAAUCUUCUUGGCUGUGUUUUGUUUGUGUGUUGUGCAAAAAACCGUGAUGUUAUGCAGUGCCAUUGUCCUUCACUCAUUAAUAUUUGGUGGUAUAUAUACAUAGCCACGGGACUGACCCGUCUUGUAUACAUAGUUCACCCAUUCUGACUGAGAUGUAUACAAAACAAUUCAUGUGCUUGUGAAGGUGAAUCUGUCAACUGUACCACCGAUGAUACAUUUACUGUUCUCAUUCAGUUUUGUUGUAUUUCACUUUGAACCGCAUGAUGAGUUGUGGAUAUAACGAUAAUUCUAACCAAAGCAUAUGGUCCUAGCUUAUCAUGGUAAUGUUGUCACGCGUCUAAGACCAUUCUUCUAUUACUUCACGUAAGUAGGCGACGAAAUGAUAGCUGGGGGCAAGGUUGCUAGGUUUCAGCUGUGAUAUUAGUUUCCAUGUCCAAUUACACAUGUCGGCUCUCAUGAUCUGGCCAUUACAAGGAGUCCUCUCACAACACUCAACUUCCCAAUGAUGAACGUACAUCCUUUCCCAAGUAACCGCCGCCUAUCGGUAAGCCUAGGAUAAUACGCCUGCCGUUAUGAUAUUCCCCAGUCUAAUCCCUGUUGUUAAUAAUUUAAUAAUUCAGUUACAUCGCUUUUCAUAAUGGUUGUCGAGUCUAAUUUCUGUUGUUCAUAUCCUGGCUAAUUUCGAGUUUUAUCAAACUAUGCCAGUCAUCUGUACAUUCAACAUUAUCACGUUUACACAUUGCACAACAUUUACGUCAUUUAUUCAUAAACCUUUACAACCAUCGGGGGAUGAGACUCAAAUAAGGUUUAAUCCGGUAUUCAACACUGACUCAGUAAUAAUCCAAACGUUAACUUCAGGACAAAGCUAUCGUGUAGUGCAUGCAAUGUAAUAUGCAAGUGUGCGCAAGGCCAUACUUUUGAUUUAAUAGCAUGUCGUUAGCUUGGCGAUAUCAGUAUUAUUUCGAAAAUGUAUUGCUCCAUAUUAUACCACUGUGACCGCUUAUACCAGCACAUCGUAUGUAUAUUAUGGGUAUUUACAUAUCUAUGUGUUGUCUGAGAUUAAACUGGUAAUUUGUGCGCAGAAUAUACAUGCAAACCCUCGUUUUCAGCAACACAUAACCAAACCUUACGUGAAUUGAUUUUGUCAACCACCUAUAUAUUUCAGAGUUAACAAGGUCGAGAGGAAUAACUCACCACAAACACAUCUAAAUACAUCUGAUACAAUGAAGAUUGUGUGUGUAUUUCAGAGAUGUCUUAUUGGAAAUGGUAUAAGCCUUGUUAACCAUCCAUCUCCGUCCCUUGUGUAUAUCAGGGGACUGAAGAUAAGCCUCAGGCAGCACUUCGAGGUCUGUGUGAUGUUGCCUUGUCCCAAACAUGAUUCUCACAUAACAAGGGGGAAAGGUGAUCCUUUGUAUCCAUUUAAGACUGCUAUGAAUACCAAAGUGCUCAUCUAGCGAUGACAGUUUCAAUCAUUUACUCUUGCACACAUAUCCACUACGUCGUUCGUGUGUCACAUAGGAGCUGAUGAUCGAAGUGCUGUGUGCUGGGGAAAUAUAUAACCAUUUUACUCUUCCUUAAUGUAAUACCUUAAAGUUUGGUAACUGCAAAGCUUAUAACAUAUUCCUGCUGCCUUUUGUUACAUGAUAAAUUUGUUUUUUUCUGGUUCAUUAAUUGAAAUAAAUAAUAAAUAGCUAUAUACUUCACUU